UGGUUGUGGAUUGGCCAAAAAGACGGCGACGCUUAUUGCCUGCAGCAACCAACAACAGACAACGACCGAUGGGGCAUGGGAAGCGCUGGGCCGACGACGAAGACGACCAGCUCUGCGAGGCCGUGCUGACCAUUUCGGAGGACGAGACCGACGACCUCCUGCGCGGCCCGGCGUACUGGGCGCGCGUGACCGUGCACCUCGCGUCGCUCGCGGCGUCGGGCAAGACGGACCGCACGCCGUGCGCUGUCGAGAACCGCUGGAAGGUGCUCUCGGCGCCGUCGCUCUGGGUGCUUGAGCGCGUCUCUGACGACGGCGCCGUGACGUCCAAGUGCACGGUGUGCAGCGAAGUGAUCUUUGACGGCGGCGCCAAGAAGCUCGACGACGCGAUCAACGUGCACCGCAUGCGCCGGACGCACAAGAUCGCGACGGCCGCGUAUCUUUUGGAGCAAAAAACAGCAGUUGCGAGUGCCAAGAAGCGCCCGGCGACCGCCGCCCACGAGGACGAACACCACGCGCCCAAGAAGGCGCGCGCGGCGAAUCCCGAAACCAAGCUGCUUCAGAAACGUACCGACUACUUGUCCUGGGACGACUAUUUCAUGAGCGUCGCCUUUCUGAGUGCGAUGCGUUCCAAAGAUCCGUCGACCCAAGUUGGCGCCUGCAUUGUGAACAGCGAAAAGAAGAUUGUCGGGAUCGGCUACAACGGAUUUCCCAACGGCUGCGACGACGACGAGCUGCCGUGGGCGCGCGCCGCUGCGUCGCCGCUCGACACCAAGUACCCCUACGUUUGCCACGCGGAAAUGAACGCAAUUCUCAACAAAAAUUCCUCGAGCGUGCACGGCUGCACGAUAUACGUUGCCCUCUUCCCUUGCAACGAAUGCGCCAAGCUCAUCAUCCAGAGUGGCAUCAAGGCAGUCAUCUACUACUCGGACAAGUACAAGGACGACUGGAAGUUUGAGGCGUCGCGCCGGCUCCUCGAUAUGGCCCAUGUGGCCUACCGCCAGCACGAAAUGUCCACAACGAGUCUCACGAUUGACUUUACCGCGGUGCGAUAGAAUAACGCAGUGCUCCUACGCAACCCAAACGUGUUGUCCAACCUC